CUACUGUCUACUGCUUAUAUCGUUUAUUUUGGUGGCACGAAUACCAGGGCACAAGCGGGACUUUACCUGAGCAAACAUUUCCAGCAGUCACCGGAUUAUUUCCAGCUCCAUAAACCCAUUAACUAUGGACAAGGGAAAGGCUUCUACCACAGAAGGAGAACUUCAGUAUCUGGCAGAUGGCUUUGAAAAGAAACCCAAGAAAAAGAAAGAAAAAGAAAUUCGAGUUGGAUUCUUUCAGUUGUUCCGUUAUGCUACCAGCACUGACAUCACCAUGAUGGUGGUGGGCUCAGUGUGUGCCUUAGUACAUGGGGCCGCUCAACCACUCAUGCUCUUUGUCUAUGGCAUGAUGACAGACAUUUUUAUUGCAUUUGAGAAAGAAAGCCAGAUACUCCAAGAUAAGAAUACAACAUGUAUUAAUGACACCAUCAUCUGGAUCAAUGGCUCACAAUUUGAAAUGGACAACACUACAGUGGAGUGUGGGAUAAACAUUGAAGCAGAAAUGACACAGUUUGCCUACUACUAUAUCGCCAUUGGAGCGGUAGUGCUUGUGAUCAGCUACUUCCAGAUUUCAUUAUGGGUUGUGGCCGCAGCUCAUCAAAUUCAAAUUAUUCGGAAGGAAUAUUUUAGGAAAAUAAUGAGGCUUGAUAUUGGCUGGUUUGACUGCAAUUCUGUUGGAGAACUUAACACGAGAAUUUCAGAUGAUAUUAACAAAAUAAACAAUGCCAUUGCCGAUCAGGUCGCAAUGUUUGUCGAAAGGAUAUCUACAUUUGUCUUUGGAUUCCUUAUUGGUUUUCUUGGAAACUGGAAGCUCACUUUAAUAAUAGUAGCAGUGAGUCCCCUUAUUGGUUUAGGAGCAGGAUUAAUGGCCCUGGCUGUUGCUCGACUGACAGGCAGAGAGCUAAAUGCCUAUGCAGAAGCCGGUUCUGUGGCAGAUGAGGUUCUUUCUUCUAUUCGGACUGUAGCAGCUUUUGGUGGAGAGAAAAUUGAGACUGAAAGGUAUGAUAAAAACUUGGUGGCUGCGCAGGCUUGGGGUAUUAGGAAAGGUACAAUCAUUGGAUUUUUUCAGGGGUACAUGUGGUGCAUUAUAUUCCUCUGCUACUCUCUAGCAUUUUGGUAUGGAUCUAAGCUUGUCAUUGUCACAAAGGAACUGACACCCGGAAGUCUUCUGCAGGUAUUCUUUGGCAUUUUAGUUGCUGCUAUGAAUCUGGGUCAGGCCUCACCAUGUUUGGAAGCAUUUGCUUCUGGCAGAGCUGCUGCUACUAUUAUAUAUGAAACAAUAGAAAAAAAACCAGACAUUGACUGCAUGUCUGAUGAAGGUCACAAGCUAGACCAAGUUAAGGGAGUUAUUGAGUUCCAUAAUGUGAACUUCCAUUAUCCAUCAAGGCCAGAAGUAAAGAUAUUGAGCCAAUUGAAUAUUUGCAUUCAGCCCGGAGAAACAACCGCUUUUGUUGGGCCGAGUGGGUCUGGGAAAAGUUCUGCAGUGCAGCUUAUACAAAGAUUUUAUGACCCUACGGAUGGGAAGGUGACAUUAGAUGGCCAUGAUAUUCGUACACUUAACAUUCAGUGGUUGCGCGCUUUAAUUGGAAUUGUUGAGCAGGAACCAGUUUUGUUUGCCACCACAAUAGCUGAAAACAUUAAAUACGGACAAGAAGGGGUCACUAUGGAUGACAUUAUAAAAGCGGCAAAAGAAGCAAAUGCAUACAACUUCAUCAUGGAUUUACCACAGAAAUUUGACACCCUUGUUGGAGAAGGAGGUGGGCAGAUGAGUGGAGGACAGAAGCAGAGAAUCGCCAUUGCUCGAGCUCUAGUUAGAAAUCCCAGAAUCCUUCUUCUUGACAUGGCCACAUCCGCUCUGGAUAACGAGAGUGAGGCUACUGUCCAAGAAGCUCUUGAUAAGGUACGCAGUGGAAGAACUACAAUUUCUAUUGCUCAUCGCCUGUCCACAGUUCGGACUGCUGAUAUAAUUGUGGGAUUUGAUGGUGGCAGAGCAGUAGAGAUGGGAACCCAUGAUGACCUAUUGAAAAAGAAGGGAGUUUACUUUACUCUUGUCACAAUGCAGAGCCAAAAUACCACUCCAGAAAAAGUUACAGAUGAAAAUCCUGAUAUUGAAAAAAACAGGACAUUCAGUAGAAGAAGCUACCAAUCUAGUUUCAGGAACACCCUACGACUUCGUACGAAAUCACAGCUUUCCAAUCUGUUUCCUGAUUCAUUGUCUGGUACUGUGAGCGGACCUUCUAGUUUACUGUCCAAUGAAAUUGAGGAGAUGGAGCUACAAGACAAUAAAAAAAUUCAGAAAAAGGGUAAACAUAAGAACAAGAAAGAAAAUAAAUCUGUUUUGAGGAUAUUGAAGUACAAUGCCCCGGAAUGGCCCUACCUUGUGUUGGGCUCUGUAGGUGCUGCCAUUAAUGGCACACUUACUCCCUUGUAUGCUCUUCUCUUCAGUCAGAUACUUGGGACCUUUUCAUUGCCAGAUGAAGCUGAACAGACACGACAGAUAAAUGGGAUGUGCCUGUUAUUUGUGAUAAUUGCAGCAGUGUCGCUUGUUACCCAGUUCUUACAGGGUUAUGCCUUUGCUAAAUCUGGAGAGCUCCUGACUCGGAGGUUGAGAAGAGUUGGUUUCCAGUCAAUGCUUGGUCAAGAAAUUGGAUGGUUUGAUGAUCCAAAUAAUAGCCCCGGGGCUUUGACCACCAGACUGGCCACAGAUGCAUCUCAAGUUCAGGGGGCUACAGGUUCCCAGAUUGGAAUGAUUGUUACUUCCAUGACAAAUAUUGUAGCAUCGCUCAUCAUUGCAUUCUUCUUUAGCUGGAAGCUCAGUCUGGUUGUUCUCUGUUUCCUCCCCCUGAUUGGAUUGUCUGGAGUGUUUCAAGCUAAAAUGCUUACAGGAUUUGCCAAUCAGGACAAAGAAGCAUUGGAAGAGGCUGGCAAGGUCUCCAGUGAAGCAAUAGGUAAUAUUCGAACAGUUGCUGGACUCGGAAAGGAGAGGAUGUUUGUGGAUAUGUAUGAGGAGCUGCUGGUAAUGCCAUACAAGGCAGCAGUAAAAAAAUCUCACGUAUAUGGAGCAUGCUUUGGAUUUGCCCAGUGUGUCAUCUUUAUGGCUUAUGCUGCAUCUUUCAGAUUUGGAGGAUAUUUAGUCAAUACAGAAGGUUUACACUAUUCUCUGGUGUUCAGAGUAAUUGCAGCUAUAGUAACAAGUGGCACUGCACUGGGCAGAGCUUCCUCCUUCACUCCAGAUUAUGCCAAAGCAAAAACUGCUGCCACUCAAUUCUUCAAGUUAUUGGAUCGCAUUCCCAAGACCAGCGUUUACAGCACAGAUGGGGAUAAAUGGGACAAUUUCCGAGGAGACAUUGAGUUUGUAGGCUGUAAAUUCACAUACCCCAGUCGUCCGGUCAGUAUGGUCCUGAGGGGUCUUUCAGUUGGAGUAAAGUCUGGACAGACUCUUGCAUUUGUAGGGAGCAGUGGAUGUGGAAAAAGUACAAGUGUUCAGUUACUGGAGAGAUUCUAUGAUCCAGAUGAAGGGAAGGUGCUUGUGGAUGGCCAUGAUACUUUAAAAGUAAACAUGUCAUUUUUAAGAAGCAAAAUUGGCAUUGUGUCCCAGGAGCCAGUGCUGUUUGAAGGCAGCAUUGCCGACAACAUCAAGUACGGCGACAACUCUCGAGAGAUCUCAAUGGAGGAGGUGAUUGCAGCUGCCAAGAAGGCCCAAUUACAUGACUUUGUCCUGUCACUGCCAGAUAAAUAUGAAACUAAUGUGGGAAUCCAGGGAUCCCAGCUCUCCCGUGGGCAGAAACAGCGGAUUGCAAUAGCCAGGGCAAUAGUCAGGGAUCCUAAAAUCUUACUACUGGAUGAAGCUACAUCAGCCUUAGACACAGAAAGUGAAAAGACUGUUCAGGAAGCGCUUGAUGAAGCUAGGCAAGGCCGGACCUGCAUUGCUAUUGCACACCGCUUGACCACUAUUCAAAACAGUGACAUCAUAGCGGUAAUGUCCCAAGGCGUCAUUAUAGAAAAGGGGAAUCAUGAAGAGCUGAUGUCUCGGAGAGGUGCCUAUUAUAAAUUAGUAACUACUGGAGCACCUUUAAGUUAGACAGAGGCUUGUUUAUGUGCAAACCCUUUGUGUUUUAUCAGAUUUAUGUCCACCGAUUGUAUGUUUGUGCGAUUCUUAAAACCAUGUGCCCGGGAACACAUAAACACCUGUAUUGUGUAUCUCC